GUUUCAGCCAUCUUGUCUCCAGGAAUGAUCACCUCUUCAUAAAAUUAUUCGACGUUUUUCUCGCCGAUUCAAGAAGGGUUGUAGACAAUAGCCAUGCCGACCCCAAAACGCCUCAGAGAUCUGAUCCGGGAGAUCAGGUCAGCACGGACCGCCGCUGAUGAACGGUCUGUCGUGCAGAAAGAAUGUGCCCAAAUCCGUGACACCUUCCGCGAGGAGGAUAAUAUCUACAGAUGUCGAAAUGUUGCCAAGUUGCUCUAUAUUCACAUGUUGGGUUAUCCGGCCCACUUUGGUCAGCUGGAAUGUUUGAAGCUGAUAGCGUCACCCAAGUUCACAGAUAAGAGAAUUGGCUAUCUUGGCGCCAUGCUCUUGCUUGAUGAGAGGCAGGAUGUCCACUUACUGGUAACCAAUUCACUCAAAAAUGACUUGAACCACCAGACGCAGUACAUAGUCAGUUUAGCCUUGUGUACGUUAGGAAGUAUCUGCUCAACGGAAAUGAGUCGAGACUUAGCUGGAGAGGUAGAGAAGCUUCUCAAGUCGUCGAAUGCCUACAUUAAAAAGAAGGCAGCGCUGUGUGCUGUGCGCAUUAUCAGGAAAGUGCCCGAUCUGAUGGAGAUGUUUAUUCCUGCCACAAGGAAUUUGCUCAAUGAAAAGAACCAUGGUGUUCUUCUGACUGCUGUUGCCUUGAUCUUGGAAAUGUGCGUGAGGAGCCCAGACACCCUCAAUCACUUCAGGAAGGACACUGACAUGGAUUGUACGGUAGCUGUUCGGAUGCAGGCUAGUUGUACCAACGUAUUUUAUUAUGCACGUCUGGUCUCACAACUAGUGAAGAUUUUGAAGAACCUGAUCAUGGCCGGUUAUUCUCCCGAACACGAUGUGUCCGGCGUCAGUGAUCCAUUUCUACAGGUGAAAAUUCUUCGGCUGUUGCGUGUGCUUGGUCACAAUGAUGCAGAUGCGAGUGAGACGAUGAAUGAUAUUCUUGCGCAGGUUGCAACUAACACCGAAACCAGUAGAAAUGUGGGAAAUUGUGUUCUUUAUGAAACAGUUACCACCAUUAUGGAUAUUGAGUCUGAACUUGGCUUGCGGGUAUUAGCAGUUAAUAUAUUAGGUCGAUUCCUGUUAAAUAAUGAUAAGAAUAUAAGAUAUGUUGCCUUGAACACGCUGCUUCGUGUUGUACAGGCUGACUACAAUGCCGUGCAGAGACAUAGGAGUACGAUAGUUGAUUGUCUCAAAGAUCCCGAUGUUUCCAUACGCAAGCGUGCAAUGGAGCUAUGCUUUGCCCUGAUCAAUGGUAACAAUAUUCGUGGUAUGAUGAAGGAACUUUUGAUAUUCCUGGAGAAGUGUGACCCCGAGUUCAAGGCCGACGUCUGCUCGAAUAUCGUCAUGUCGGCGGAGAAAUAUGCACCGAACAAACGGUGGCAUAUUGAUACCGUCAUGAAAGUGUUGACGUUGUCUGGAGAUUCAGUGCGAGAUGACGUAGUAUCCACCCUAAUCCAGUUGAUUGCCGAAACCUCUGCGCUACACUGCUACACAGUACAGCAGCUGUUCACAGCAUUGAUGGACGACUUUAGUCAGCAGCCGCUGGUGCAGGUGGCAUCCUGGUGCAUCGGAGAGUACGGCGAUAUGCUGGUGUCUGGUCAGUGUGAAGAGGAUGAGCCUAUCCAAGUCACAGAAGAUGAAGUGUUAAAUGUUCUAGAAAAGGUUUUAUCAAGUAAUGUAUCCGCCGUAGUCACGAAGGAAUAUGCCAUAACAGCGGUGGCCAAGCUUAGUACACGAUUUACGAAAUCAAUACCAAAACUGAAAGCUUUAAUGGGUGUCUAUGGACAGUCAACCGAAGUUGAGCUCCAACAACGAUCUGUGGAGUUCACAGCUCUAUGUGAAAAGUUUGACUUCAUGAGGACCGGUUUAUUGGAGAGGAUGCCGUUGAUGGAAAAGACGAAAGAAAGUGCCAAUAAUUCCUACAUGCCAAAUGGAAAUGCAGUGGAAGAGGAGGACAGUAUAGUCAAUGUAGACCAUAAAGAGAAUUCGAUAGGUUCUCAACCACCACAGCACACGGAGAGUCAGAAUAUCCUAGACUUAUUAGGCGGGGACUCGGGCUCACAUCCUGUCAUUCCAACUAAACCGGAGCCAGCCAAGACGUCGGGUAGCGACCUUCUGGACUUACUAGGUGAUAUCGGCGGCUUGUCGGAAGAAGCGCCACCUGUAGCUCCUGUGAACAAUAUGAAUAAUCUAUUAGACGGUGGCGGUCAGGAUCCGCUAUUUAACUCACUCGUUCAAACGAACAAUGCAGAUUCAGGCAUACCAACACUAUCGGCCUUCGAGAAAGCAGGCUUAAAAGUUAACUUUGCAUUUGACAAAAAUGACCCCAACCCUGCAGUGAUCACGAUUACGCUAACAGCUAAGAACGAGACGCCCUCACCUAUGACAGAUUUUGUUUUCGAAGCGGCAGUUCCGAAGUCAUUCCAGUUGCAGUUAAUGUCGCCCUCUAGUAGCUUGAUUCCUGCCAAUAAUUCUGGUUCAGUCACCCAACUCAUUAAAAUCAACAACCCAAAUAAGCAACCCGUGAAGAUGCGUAUCCGUAUCAAGUACAAUCACAACGGCCAAGCGGUGUUCGAACAGGGUGAGGUCAACAACUUCCCUCCAGCCAUCUACCAGUCAUGAUGAACACAGUGCCAUUAUACUAGGUGCAUACUGAUUGUAGUUGAAGAAAGUUUCUCUCAGCUCAAGCUCAGGACGAUUUGAAGGAUGUGGACAAUGUGUGGUGAUAAACAGACUAUUGUGCAUGGCACUGGUAGGGCGAGUGAAAGUCUAGACUUAUUCAUGGAAUGCUGUUCACUCUCACUUCAGAGGGCAAGAAGUAUUCUUUAUAGAGAAGGGGUGCCCAGGUCAGGAGACGAGCAAGUCUGAAUGACUUGUUUUCUUUGGAACAGUUGACAGAAGACAUCUUGUGUGCAAAGGUAGCCAAUCGUUAUAAAAGUGACAGAUUUAAAGGGAUAGCCUAUAAGAUAGGAAUUAGUCUUGACGCUGUGUUCAUACCAGUGGAUUUCCUGUGUCAAGAUAAAAGGCCUGAGGAAAUUUCCGGAAAAUGCUGUGAAUCUCGGUGGUCAGUUUUGUGUGCAGAAAGAACAUCUGAUUCGUCAUUUGUUAUUUGAAAGGACCUGGUUUUUAAUGAAGCUGGUGAACCAAGAUAAAAAGCAGGAUAUAUGUCAGGAUCAAGUUUAUUGAAUGAAAUUGUACAUUGUACAUCAUCGAUGUACUGUGCACUGUGUUAUAUGCACCACAUGUUCUCACAAACUCUACAUGAAUGUGGCUUGAGUUGAGGCAGACUUUGGAAAAAUAUAUAUAACUUGCACGCUACCAACUGUAAGUAUUGUGCAAAUUGUGGGCUUGAGUUUGUACGGCAUGUUUCACAGCCUCAUUUUAAGCCCUGCAGCAGAAUUUCAUGUGGAAUGCAGUUGCUUUCUCAAUGUAUUUGAGCCGUCUGUCUGACUAUGCUGAUUUUCAGAUGUAUUCUGGUGAUAUACUCACAGACCUGCCUGGCAUAUAGAAUCAAUUAUACAUUAUAUUUGUGUUUGAUUUUAUUCUGCAGUUGUGCUAUGAUUACAAAAAUCAAACUUGGUUGACUAAGUCUAUUUACUCUUGGUGAACUAAAUGGUUUAAGUACCCCACAAACCAGCGAUUUGAAUACUGCAAGCUGCGAUCUUGAUCACAUGCGACAAAAAUCGCUCGUUUGUGGUGAUCAUUGCAGGUGCCUGUGUUGGAAAUGAUUGUCGCUUCAGAAUGAGACAAAAGUUAUAUUGUCACUUAAUACUGCAUGAAUAUGGUGCAUUUCUUGACAUUGUUUGAUGAUAAUUCUAUGCAUGAAUGGCACCGCCAAUAUUUGAGAUUCAUCCAGGCCAUCUUUGCUAGAAGGCAUCUGACAAUCAGCAUGGCCUCACGACCAAUAACUGGAGUACAGAGUUUGAAGACUCUUUAACAAGAAGGCUUGAAUUAAACCUUUAAUCGGGAGCCAUUGUGACUUUCAAGGUUCCGGUAAUGGAGUUGUAAUUGACAGUGUUGUGACAGUGCUGCCACCUGGAAAGUCAAGAUGGCUCCUGAGUGAUUUCGCAGUAAUUGUUUUGAAUCUGGUCAGGUCAGAACUGGUUUUGUUUGUAUAUAUUAGGUCAUGUAAGAAUGAAGAUUUGAUCAAAAAAUUGUUAUGUUCGGUAAAAUCCGCUAAGUGGGUUGUUGUUUAUUUUGACUAAGGGAGGAAUGGUUUAGUUGAUAUUGCAUGGGGAAGUAAUUAGCAUGGCGCUGUUCUGCAUCAAACGGGGCAGUUCAGGAAUUGUCUAUCUUCCAAGUUUAUAUGACUUCUCCGAAGGGUAGUAAACUUGCUAAUUUUGACUGUGCCAUUGUCAAAAAGCCAUUUGGAACUUCUUCUUGAAGAUGUGCUAAUCUGGGCGUGAAACUGAAUGUGGUGUUUUUAUUAUGCUGGCCUAUGCUUGCCCCUGUUCUUGGUCAUUUUACAGCCUUCUGGAGCGAGACCAUGUGGUCCAUCCUGGUGAGCACGUCACACGUUGUCAUAAAACGAUUACUCCUUUUCCAGAAGUCUUUAAAAUGACUUUCCCAAGGUCUAAAAGACAGGUUUUGUUUUUUUAAUUUUUGCAUGUGGAGGUCAGAUCGGUGCCAGACUGUACAAAGGGUUGUAUAUAUUUACUCAUGUUUUGCCGAAGUCCAUAUGUAUUUGCUAAUUAUUAUAUGAACUAUGAAUGUUUUGGCUUUGUGUAUGAAAGCCAGUCACAAACUGGAGCACUGGAAAUUUCAUCACCCACCUCUUUUCAAAAACACCAUAUCUUGUUAAAAUAUCACAACCUUAGUUGUAAUCUUACUCUCAUUACUGAGAUGCCCCCUACUCAAAAUUAUUCGUCCUGGGUAUAAAAAACCCUUAAUAGUGCCACCUGUUUUCAAACAGACUUGCUCACGCCAGGAUGGCUGCUGUGAAAAAGCCUACCGGUAGUUAAUUUCUAUAUUUUUUUACACUAAAUGUAAGGUCGUUUUCAGCUAGUAACAGAUAAGAAAAGGCUGCUUUCCGUAGACGUUUAGACGACUUUUGAGUUGAGAGGGCUGUUGCCCAGUGGGCUCAGUUGGAAUUUUCAGGGCUUUGCGGUAAAUUUUCUACAUGUACUUGCUUGUUCUAACUGUGUCACGAACAGACAAUAAUUGUUGUAAUGUCCCAUGUCCCUGCCUUGGGAGAACAUUAACAAUUAUUGAUCAGUCUGCCUUUUAAGAGUAGAGAUGUAGGGCACGGUCCUUAUCAAUAUGGGCACUGUGCAUUACAUUCGAAUAUGUGCUUCACGAUACUGCAAGUGCUACCUGUUAAGCUAAGAGCAUGUGCUUCGGGAGAAUUGAAGUUGACCAUAUUGCAGUUGCUCGCCCAGUUCUUUUUAGUUGUUGGGAUGAGCGAAUGCAUGACUUGUAGUUGGAAAACCUAGCCCAUGAGAUUGUCCCUCGCUCAGGUAUAUGCCAACAAGAAGGAAACUAACCUGCUUAUUCAACGUAUCCAUGAAGAUGUGGUCGUAGAAGUUGAGGAGGUACUUGGUGAUGGUACGUUUAGUGAUACCAGUCCACUUUGUGGGGAAUGGGUAUUCGUGUGAAUGAAGGUGGACACAUGGCCUGUGCAUCACCACCCCUGCGAUUGUCCUUCAAUGGGUGGAACUGAAUGAAGCCUAGAAAAAUGGAUGACGUGUAUCGCGGCUAUCGUAAUUCAUUUGUAGCGAGAGCCGCUGUUAUCAUGUACAUAAACAUUACCACCGUGAUCAUGUACAGUAAACAUUGCUAGUGUGCAUGAACAUCAAUAUUGCCAAGAUUAUCGUGCGUAUAAACAUUGCCAUUGACAGUGCCAAUGUAAUCUUGCACAACAACAUUGCCAAUGUAAUCAUGUACAUCAACAUUGUCAAUGUAAUCUUGCACAAUUACAUUACCAAUGUAAUCAUGUACAUAGCAUUGCCAAUGUAAUUGGAUAAAGGGACAUUGCUGCAUUUAAGGGCAAAUCGUAUUUUUGAACCGGUUCAUCAAGAGCACUGGUUUGGUUGUAAUUUAUUUGAUUUUUGUGAUUUAUUCCUUUUACUUGCAAGUUUGAUUAGGUUUCUGUACUAUAAAUAAUAAUGAAUGGUCGGUUUGAUGUAAGGCAAACAAGGAUCAAGGCUGUAAUUAAUCAGAUAUCUCUAGUCCAUACGUCAGAAAGAUUCAGCAAAUCUAAAAAUUGUUCCCAUACAACGUAUCCAUAUCGAUUUAUUCAUGUUUGACUUAUGGAAAUUUUUACACGAUGGUACAUGAAAUUGAUGCAGUUGCAUAAUGCAGGUGCAAAAUAACACCUGCCAAAACUCCCUAGCACAUUGUGUAUUUCACCAUUAAAAGAAUAUUUUGUGAAAUUUCAAAGGCUCAUUUUUUGUAGAAUGCAGUUUUUGAGUUUUUUAUAUUCACGCGAUAAACAUACUAGCAGUGCAUUUUAUGUUAUCAUAUUUUCGUUGAGUAUAUAUGGGAAGUCCCUAAAUAGUUCAUUGUUUGAGGAUUAUACACUUCGUUUAAAUGAUAUGUUUAGCUUGGUCAUGACCAUCAUUCCUGCCAGAUUAUUUGCCGAUGUUAAUUUGUGAAUUGCACCCAUGUCCGUUAACACUGGAGAAUUAGCCCACCAAUGUGGUAUGGAACAUCUAUCUGAUACUUGUACUGUUGGGUUUGCCAACUUGAAGCCUUGGCACAUCUUGGGUGUUGUGUUGGAAGAGAGGCACAAGAGUAGACUGUCCUGAUGAAAAAUAAUUAAGAAAAUAUUCCGAUACAAUUGGUCCCUCAUUUAGAACAACAAGUCUGUUCAGCCUUGUAUAUUCUAAGGUAGCGACUUGUUUGUUAGUUUUUCAGUGUCUUCAGAUGUUCCAUUCUUGUCGGAAGGCUGUUUCUCCAGGAUAAAGAGCUUUUGAUCAAGCUGAAUGAUAGCCUUCUUUUCUGUUCAUAUAACAAAGCUAAAACAAUGUGACCAUGUGUAUAUGUAUAUUAUGAUGUAACAUAUUUGGCAGUAAAGACCUGUGUUGAAACGUACCAUAGCUGGGUCUUUUAGAUUGCUAAAUGUACAAUAUUUUAUGAAAAAAACAUUCUAGUGGUUUAGAUGUGCCUGUCCUUCAUAUGAAAGCCUUAUUUGUAGAUUCUUGUGUCAGUAAUUAAAAUUAUUGAAUGUAC